UGUAGAGCGCGAGCUCCACUACCGGCGUGGCGCGAGAGAGGCGCGCGCGCCACCGUUGGUUUCCCACCGCAGCGCACGAGCGGAGCUUCAGCUGAGGAGAAACCGCGACCCGUGAGGAACUCAGUCCGAGGCGGAGAGAGAAAAAAAACCCCGGCGCUUCACGUCUCGGCUUUUUUGGCAGACGGUAAGAGCGCGCGCUGCUGUGUUUCUGGAGACUGGCGGAAACUGCGCUCUGCUGUGUGCGCGGCGCGAGCGCGGCGGUUUAAUUGGAGAGGGAGUGAGAAAAAUGGAAACUGAGACUGGUACACUGAAGAAAGAGAGACAUGAAGACUACAAUACCUGCUAAGCUACAGUAAAGGGGAGCUGCUCAUUUUCCAGCAUGUUCUCCAGAAGAUCGUGGGAGGUCAAGUGUAGAUGCAGCUGAUGCCCUGUCGAGGAAGCAAUGUGAAAGCACCAAACCCCUACUGCUCUGGAUUUAGUCCAUUACAUAUUCCUGGAACCACAGAGAAAGUAGCAUUUCCCAGUUUGGACAUUAUCCCUCCACUGAAUGAAUUAUCAUCAGGUACAUCUGAUGUGCUCGUAUUUCUCCUCUUGGAAGAGAGAGCUUCAAAUGUGCACAUGUAUGUGUGAUGCUCAGUAAUGGUGUGGGACAGCACAAAUAUCAAAUUUUAACAUGCCAAAAAUCACUAACAAGUAAGUGAGCAUUACUUAAGCCCUGGUUUCAUCUCCAAUGACAUAGCCCUGCUGGAAUUGCAACUGGAAAAGCAACUGAAGCUCAUAGCUUUCUCUGCUUGGCUCUCUCAAUUUCCAAGCAUGUCCUUGCCUCAUAUCACCUGGUCCAAAACCUGCUCAUCCCAUAGAGACUCAGUAGCAGACGCACAAGCCUGUGGCCUUGGAAACAGUACACUGGGGUGAACUCUACUGCCUGUGACUUCACUGCAAUCUCCUGCAGAACUGCAAGGAAACCAAACAGAGAUAAUAAGACGGAAACUUCUGGCUGUACUCUCCCAGAACACAGUGUGCAUUCACUAUGAUCUAGCUCCUUCCCUAACUUGCUCACAAAUCUGCUGAGGAACAGCAGCAACCUUUUCAAAAUGGUGAAAUACUGAUUGGAUUUAUAGCUUCCACAAACAGGAAAGAAAUUUCUUGAGAGCUUCCUUGGAUUUUUUAUUUUUCUUCAAUAUCAAGAGGUGGAAGGGAAAGUUUAUCUCGACUGAAUUUUUACCCUUCGCCCCAUGUAGAAGCUAGAGUUUUCCAAGAUGGCUGCCCACUGGAGAGGAAGGGCGUCAAGUCUAGUGGUGACUCUAGGGGUCCUGCAUUGCUGGGGGUGGGUGUCCUGUCAUGUUGAAAGGACUAGUGAGAAAAGCCCCAUGUCUCAUGAAAGAGUGAAGAGGGGCUGGGUGUGGAACCAGUUCUUUGUGGUGGAGGAGUACACAGGAACGGAACCGCUUUAUGUUGGAAAGAUCCACUCAGACUCUGAUGAAGGGGAUGGCUCUAUCAAGUACACCAUAUCUGGAGAAGGCGCAGGGACUAUCUUCAUCAUUGAUGAAGUGACGGGAGACAUUCAUGCCACUGAACGACUGGACCGAGAGGAGAAAGCCUUCUACACGUUACGAGCUCAGGCUCGAGACCGUCUGACCGACGCACCACUUGAACCAGAGUCAGAGUUUGUUAUAAAAGUCCAGGACAUCAACGACAGUGAACCCAAGUUCCUGGAAGGGCCGUACAUUGGAAGUGUGGCUGAACUGUCUCCUAUUGGUACGUCGGUAAUGAAAGUGAUGGCUUCGGAUGCUGAUGACCCCACCUACGGCAGCAGUGCCAGGAUAGUGUACAGUGUUCUGGAUGGAGAGAAGUUCUUCACAGUUGACAGACAGACUGGAGUGAUUCGAACAGCGGUGGCUGAUCUCGAUCGGGAGACGCAGGACCGCUACGAGCUGGUUGUCAAGGCAACAGACAUGGCAGGCCAAAUGGGCGGUCUCUCUGGCUCCACCACGGUGACCAUAGUGAUCACGGACGUUAAUGACAACCCUCCACGCUUCCCUCAGAAGAUGUAUCAGUUUACUGUUUCGGAGGGAGCGGCUGUGGGGACAUCUGUGGGCCGGGUGAUCGCCACAGAUGCGGACAUGGGCGAGAACACUGACAUGAGCUACCUGAUCAAAGACGAAGAAGGAGGAGAAUUGUUCAAAGUCUCUACCGAUGGAGACACCCAAGAGGCAGUCAUCACUAUCAAAAAGCCUCUCGACUUUGAGAAGAAGCGGACCCAUAAUGUGGUGGUAGAGGCCAUCAACAAGCAUGCAGACCCCCGUUUCGUGGACCUGGGCUCGUUCCGGGACCAGACCAUUGUCAGAGUCAGCGUUUCGGACACAGACGAGCCCCCAAUUUUCUUCCCACCCACAGGCGCUAUUAUGGAAGUACAAGAGGACGCCAAGCAAGGAGCCCUUGUGGGCAUCGUCACUGCCAAGGAUCCAGAUAUGGAUAAUGUCCCUGUGAGAUACUCGAUAGACCGGAGCACAGACCAAGAACAGAUUUUCAACAUUGAUGCUGUGACUGGUGCCAUCACCCUGGGGAAGAUAUUGGACAGGGAAACGGCGGGUUGGCACAACAUCACAGUGACAGCCGUAGAAGCAGAUAACCAGUCCAUGGCUUCCCAGACUGCAGUCAGCAUCCGUAUUCUGGAUGUGAAUGACAACCCGCCUGAGCUGGCCACCCCUUACGAAACUAAAAUCUGUGAGGAUGCAAAACCUGGCCAGCUCAUUCACACCAUCAGCGUGGUGGACCGGGAUGAACCUCAGUCUGGCCACCGCUUCUAUUUCACACUAGCGCCCGAAGCCUCCAACAACCGCCAUUUCGCACUGUGGGACGUUAAAGACAACACAGCAGGUAUCCGGACCCAGCGUUCAGGUUUUAACCGGCAGGAGCAGAACGUGUACCUGUUGCCUAUUCGGGUGGUGGACAGUGGACCUCCGGCCCUGAGCAGCACCGGGACCUUCACUAUCCGUGUGUGUGGUUGUGACACUGUAGGAAACAUCCAGUCUUGCAACGCCACGGCCUUUGUCAUGUCUGCAGCGCUUAGCCCCGGAGCCCUGAUCGCCCUGCUGGUCUGCAUGCUCAUUCUCAUUGUCCUCGUGCUCCUGAUCCUGACCCUAAAGCGCCACAGAAAGGGCCAGCGCAUGUCUGAGGAUGAGGAGGACAUGCGCGACAACGUCAUCAAGUACAACGAUGAAGGCGGGGGAGAGCAGGACACCCAGGCUUACGACAUGAGCGCCUUACGAAGCCUCUAUGACUUUCCUGAGGUGAAAAACUCAGAAUCUGGCACCGACCUGCGCUCCUUGCCUCAGUGGAUUCAGAACCGGGUGACGGGGGACGGAGGGGCAGCCGACUUCUCCCUCUUCAAAGGCUACAUCCGCAAGAAGGUGGAACAAGCGGACGCUGACCUGUCGGUGCCACCAUAUGACUCAUUCCAGACGUACGCCUUUGAGGGCAGCAGCUCACCAGCGCUGUCGCUCAGCUCCAUCCGCACACUGUCCACCACCUCAGAGCAGGACUUCUCCUACCUCAGUGAUUGGGGGCCACGCUUUAGGCAGCUGGCAGGUUACUAUGCCCAAGGACAGCCUGAGGAGGAGGGGUCCUAGCACUGCCCUUCAUCCUAUGCUAUGUUCUCACUAAAGAUGACUCUUUGCCCCAUAGCCCCAGUCCUGUCCUGGAACUGCCACUAACUACCAGUGUCCUCCACCAGUGCUCUCCUAAGAAAAUCCUUGGAACCCAGUCAGAUGUUAGGGUCCUAAUACCAUCCCCUGGGCCCUGUAAAAGCCACAAAGGGCUUGCCUGUUGAAGUUCAUGACAAAAGGUGGCAGAGUAGCAAGGAAUGAACAGGCAGCAGCUGCGGAGUUGGGCAAAGCUCCAGUAAGCGGGCACCUGUCAGAGCGGUACAGGACAGCCAGGCCGUGCCAUAUGCACAACAGUCAUUGUUUCCUUUCUAAACCGUUUUCUUUUUCCGUGCGUGUACUUUCCUCACUCCUUUGGUGGAGACAGACAUAGACUAGUCACUCACCUGGACAUGAAAAACAAGAGAACUGGGGAGUGUAUUUUACCAAGCCAAGGCAAAUGAUCCCCAGAAAAAGACAUGUAUUUAUUAACAAAAAAUGAAGAUAUUUAUGUAUUUAUUGAUUUGUACUUAUUUAUUUAUUUAUUCAUCCUGGUCAGAAGUACAGAACACAGGACUGGACUUAUUUAUAGAAGAAUACUGAAGUGCACUGAAUGAAUGGGACAUCUGAGGUUUGUUGCAUUAAGAGACCAGUAAAAAAUGCAUUGAGAGAGACCUGGGCCACAGUAACGAAGAAAAAAAAAUAAAAGAAAAAAACAUUUGUAUUUAUUUUUUAGAUAUCCUUUUGUAAAAUACAACCCAACCCUGGAAGAGGGAAGUAAUGUGUGUAAGAGACUGAGCGAAUGGGGAAAAAAAUUGUGCCAAUUCAGUCAGAAGAUUGUUUUUUUUGUCCUGCCAUACAUUUCAUGUAUUGUGUUGCUUUUAACUUGAUUAUGCAAGUCACGCGUUGUGGGCAGUGAGAUGUUUGUUGAAUUUUGAUUUUGAAUCUGUAUUUUAAAGGUAACAUGAGAGGCAACAAGGUACAGGUAACAAUGACAAAAGUUCUUCAUCACAGGUUUCUGUCCAAUGAUGUUUUACAUUUUUUCCUGUAACCUAAUCCAUGUUCAUAUUCCAAAUUUGUGACCGUGUUGAUUACAUUCUAACUCUUUCAAAACCAGAUGAUUUGGUUUUAUUGUAUUUAUUCCAUGGUAUUGGUUAAGGAUGAUGGGUGAGAUUGAUUGCUUGGGGCCUGGUUACACUGCACCAAUCUGAUCCAAGAUUACAUUUGUUCUGAAUGAAAUCUAACAACUGUUGCCUGAAAAGAUAUGCAGAGAUACAUGUGCUGUUUGCUCAGGCUGGAAGAUGACUCCCAGCAAUUCAUUUAUAAUGGCACUAGUAUACAGUAUGCUAUUCUCAGACGUACACACAGAUCUCAUGCAGAAGUAAUCAUGCCAAUCAAAACAAAGAUUUUCAGACAUGCUGAUUAUUUCGGUUUGUCACUCCAUGAUGUCACCUGCCACUUGGAACUAGCUGUUCUUGAACUUAUUGUUUUAACAAGCAUCAGCUAGUUGAAUGUGACAAAAUAUAAUGGAACAUGCUGGUCUUGAACAUAGUGUUAAAGCAGUAUGUACAUUAUACUUGAUAUCACCUUGAAGUUGCUAUUUUAAAAGCAUAACGUUUUAACAUCUGUAAGACUGGAAGUAGACUGAUUUGCCUUGUGCCCUCAGUAUAUCCAGGCCUUAUAGUGUACACAGAAAAGGUUAUCACCUACAACCAAUACCAGAACUCAUUCUAAUGUCAACCCUAACCUUCCAAUGUAUGGAUAAAAUGUACAAUUGAAACCAAUAAAUAUUUAAGUUUUUUUUAGACAAAUUCUUGACUUCAUAGGCCACAAGGACCAACAUCUACAUUCAACAGAGUCAUUGGUGUCCCAUAAUCUAAUGUAGUUGUUGGCUGUAGUGUCUCUGGUUUACCCAACAGUGUACCACCAGAUGUUUUAAAUUUUACUUUCUCUCACUUUGCUCUAACUCACUUGUCAUGACCAUCUUUGAUGGAUGAGCUCCUUUGGCAGCUCGCACUGCAUGUAAGCAUUCGCUUCUAGUCUCUGCCAAGGCAAGGCAAUUUUUGAGACACGUUUCAAACAAGGCCAACGCAUGCGAGUGCAGGAAACGGGCCUAAUUGAAUCACAGACGCAGACACGAAUGACCUCAAAACGCCAUGUAGGACUUUUUUUUUCUUUUUAAAUACAUGAGUGUUCAGUCACCUAAUACGAGAGGAUGUGGUAACUGUGCUGAGGUACUGCAGUGGUCUUAAAUGCAUGUCCAUUAUUAAAAGCCAGGAAAGGAGAUGAAGACUUGAAAUGGCGUGUGCCUUGGCCACUGACAGUUGUCCAUGAGAGAUCGUUACGGUAAUGGGGGGGAAAGGAGUCCCAGAGCCAUAAUGAAAUCCUCAUCAAGCAAAUGUCACCGGAGAGGCAGGCAGUGACUAAUGUGAUGACGGAAGGGGACGACUAUGUACUGCUUAAGGGCAGAGGGCAUAUGGGUCCGUUCGUGGUCACUCCAUACUUCCCUCACAUUAAAAUGUCCUGCUUCAGUCGGGAACCCUCCGCUUUUCAUUAACGGACUGCACUUGUUAAUGUAUUAAUGUGUUGUAAUAAAUCACAGCCCCGGUUCCCUUUUAUCCGCCAAGGGCAACCUGGGGACCUUUCGUCUUCAUUUCUGCUACGACUGUGCUGGCGAUGAUUGACAUUGCUCUUGGGCCCCUCGCUUCCUCUUACUUCCUUCUGUGGGUUGGACAGAUCACUGAAAUUGAUUACACACUGGGAGAACCAGGACUGUUCGAUGGAAUACAUCAGCAUGAAAAGUGAUAUAUUAACAGAACGAAUAUCAUUAUAACCUGAAAAGAACAGGCAAAGUUUAUACACACGAAUAAACACUUCUGUAUUUAUGAUCAGCUACACUAAACGCAAUCUGUUGCAGAAAAUGAAAUGGAAUAUUUACGUUGUUUAUAUGGGAAUUGUUUGAGGUUCAUCACCAACUUCUACCGCCAACUCUUGUAUUCAGUAGCUUAAUGAGGAUCACUACAAGUCAAUUAAAAGUCCAUCUCAAAAUACCUCCCAGACAAGCAUCUAAUUAAUAUUCAGAAAAAGAAGAGGCACAUCGAAGUCAAACCAUCAUGACAAGGCAAGACAUCAGCCACAGGAACUGCUGGUAAUCAUUUUCUGGUCUGUCAGCAUUAUCUCUAUGCAGGCUACAGUUGUCUUAUGCUAAGAAAUGCAGGCUCUAAGCUGCCAAAGCUUCACACUUUAAUGGCUCCUUACAUUAAAGACUUUUUGAGCCCUGGCUGCACAGUGACAAUGACAAUGCACACACCAUAAUUAACAGGGGAGAAAUCCACUUUGCCCUGAAACCAAGGAUCAAAGGAGCCAAUUUGCACCUGGGCUUUCUAAAGUCAUGCAAGCCUGGAGGUGCCAUGCACAUGGUAUAGCUAACAGCAGCGCAAAUGGGACGUUCACACUGGGACUCGUACUGCUGGGGAACCCA